GCUAGGUCUUCAUUUGAUUUGGGGGAGAAUGACCAGAAAAGAAGAAGAAAUAGGAAGAAGGAAGAAGGCUGAGAAAGAGGACUAAGAGGCGUCGAACCCAUCCUCUUCUUCUGUCCUUUCGCCGAGUCGCCAUCGAACCCAGCCACUUCUUCCACGAGCCUAGUUUUGUGAUCUAUGUAGUUUUUCUUUAUUGACUGUCAAGCUCAAUUAGUUAAAGGAUAACAUAAAAAUGACGGUUGUUCUUUAUCCUGAUUAUGUUGUAUAUCGGGAUAGUUAUUGUACAGAACCCCAGUUAACGUUUUCCGACAGUUGCAUCAAAGUCAGUGGCUCAAAAACAUCUGAACCCUUUGAUUUUGAAUGGGGAGUUGAUGAUCUCAUUACUUUUGAGUGUCAGAGGUUUCCAAAAGCUGAAUUUGUGAUGAUAAAACUCCGUGUGAUAUCAAAGGAUGCCCCUCAAGAGGAUAUUGCGGAUGGUGUUUCUGGCUUUGAGGAGUUGAAGAUUGCAGUUGUUGAACCCUAUUGGUCUGAGAAAGAGGAAAGGAUAGCAUCUUUGAAUGCAAAAUAUUUGAAUGCAUGGGUUCUUCUGCAAGAUAGCAUGGGCUUGGAAACAGAUGAGGAUGAUUCACCUGGGCAGGGGCAUCAUUUUCCAAAUUUUGAUGAGCCAUUUGAAGAUGUUGUAUAUCCGAAAGGGGAGGCAGAUGCUGUUUCCAUCAGCAAGAGAGAUGUUGAUCUCUUACAGCCAGAGACAUUUAUUAACGAUACAAUUAUUGACUUCUACAUCAAGUAUUUGAAGAAUCAGAUUCAAUCUAGGGAAAAGCAUAGGUUCCACUUUUUCAAUAGUUUCUUCUUCCGGAAGCUGGCUGACCUGGACAAAGAUCCAUCCAGUGUUUCUGAUGGCAGAGCUGCUUUCCAACGAGUUCGUAAAUGGACAAGGAAAGUGGAUUUAUUUGAAAAGGAUUACAUCUUCAUUCCUGUAAACUUCAAUCUACACUGGAGUCUAAUAGUCAUAUGUCAUCCCGGUGAAGUGCCUAGACUUAAUGAUGGCGACUCAGGCAAGUCACUUAAAGUACCUUGUAUUUUGCAUAUGGAUUCUAUCAAAGGAAGUCAUACGGGUCUGAAAAAUCUAAUUCAAAGUUACUUGUGGGAAGAGUGGAAAGAAAGGAAAAAGGAGGCAUCUGAAGAAAUGUCAUCAAAGUUCCACAACCUGCGGUUUGUCCCACUUGAGUUACCGCAACAGGAAAAUUCAUUCGAUUGUGGCCUGUUUUUGCUCCACUAUCUGGAGCUGUUUCUGGAAGAAGCUCCUGUUUAUUUCAGUCCUUUCAAAAUAACCAAGUUCUCCAACUUCCUUAAUCCAGAUUGGUUUCUUCCUUCCGAGGCUUCUCUCAAGCGUACUCUUAUCCAGAGGUUAAUUUUUGAGCUCCUUGAAAAUCGUUGUCGGGAAGUCUCUUCAGCAGCUUCCAGUGAUGAAGACCAGGCUAAAUUUCCGGAAUGUAACGAGCAUGAAACUGGUGUGCAGUCAUUUUCAGGAAGAUGUGGUCCUGCUAUAGCUUGCCAAGAAAAUAUAUCUAAUUCUCAAGCAGGCCAGGGGAUUGAAAUUACUCUGUUAUCCACACCUUCUCUUAAGAGCUCUGAGUGUGUUAGUGAUGCAGGCUUGGUUCUCAGGGAAUUUUUUGAGCCAGGAGCCACCCCUGGCUCACUAUUUGGACAAUAUCAAUCAUUUGACCAAAAGUCAUCUUUUUACCUUCUUAAUGGAGCUAUACCACCAAUAGAGGAAGACACCGAAAAUGGAGAGCAUUUUGCUUUUACGCCUACAGGAGACUCUGGUUUUCAGCAAAUAACUGGAAUCACAUCUCAAACUUGUGGCAUUCCAUACACAUCAAGAACUUAUGGAGCUGAGACUUCCUAUGACUUGGGAAUAUCUGCACAAGAAGAAAAUGGAAACAUUGAUUCAUCUCCUAAACCAUCAAAUUGUGCCUCUGACCAUUCUGAAGAUUUAGGGGUCAUGGAAGACCAUCCAGUUGGGGAGAAAGAUUUGGGUCUGAGCCAGAAAGAAGAAAUGGAUGUGAACAAUCCAGCUAUGGAAAAUGUCACAUGUUUAACAGAUGGCCUUGUUUCUGCUCCAGGGAAUCCGGAUGCUUCCAUUAUUGAACGUUCUCAAGACCAUGAUAAGGUGCAUGAUGGCAAUAAAAGUGGAGGUUCUCAAGACCAUGAUAAGGUGCAUUAUAAUAAUGGAUAUGGAGGUUCUCAAGACCCUGAUAAGGUGCAUGAGGGCAAUGGAAAGGGAAGUUCUCAAGACCAUGAUAAGGUCCAUGAUGGCAAUGGAAAUGGAGGUUCUCAAGACCCUAAUAAGGUGCAUGAUGGCAAUGAAAAUGGAGGUUCUCAGGACCAUGAUGAGGUUCAUAAUGGCGCUGAAAAUGAAGGUUCUCGAGAUUGUGAUAAGGUGCAUGAUGGGAAUGAAAAUGAAGGUUCUCAGGAUCGUGUGAAGGUGAAUGAUGGCAAUGAAAAUGGAGCUCCACUUUCUUCCUGCCAAGAAAAUCCUGAUAUACCAGCGUAUCAAGACUCUAAUAUGGUAGACAACAGGACAGUCUCAUGUGAUGAUGUGCAGAUGUUCGAUGAUGAUCGGAUGCCUGAGCCUCAAGAGCAACCUGCUGCAAAAAGGCUGCGGCUUACACAACCACUUGAAGGGGAAAAAUGUGUCACAUGAUGCCUGCUUGAGGAUUGAAAUUUGUGAGGCCCUAUAUGCUCUGUUUUGCAUUUCACUGGGUGUUUGUGUAUAAGUAUUUUGAUAGGUGUUCUGGGCCCAAAAAGAAGUACUUUGAUAGGCAGACCUGAAUUCUGUGAAUAGUGUCUGGUCUGUAUAGGCCAUAUGAGGUAUGCGGAUGUAUUGAUAGAAGAAUAGUUUAGAUACUGGGCGCUUAACUUAUAUGUCAGUGAAUUUAUUAGUAAAAAAAGGAGUCUUUCUAAAGCAAUUUUUGUAGUC